ACCUCCACAAUGAGUAACAGCUGUUCGGCAGCGUUAAGCAUUUAUCGUCAGACCACAACAAAUUCUUGAAACAAGAAAACAAAAAACUGUGUCCAAAAGCGGCUUACUGUAAUUAAUUAAAACAAGCUGCGGGUACCGCAAGUUCAACAGUGUGCCAUUGCCAACAUAAAUAUGCCGGCAAAAGGUCUGUGACGACAACAACAACAAGGUGCAGCAAAAUAAAAUUAAGGCGGAGCUCGAGAUUGAGAUUUAGACCUGGCAAGGAAGAUGUCCACGGAGGAGUGUGUGUGGCGGGAACACGUUGUCCGGAGACUGCGACAACGUGAUCGCAAGGAGUGUGAGAACUUUAAGGAGAUAAUUGUGCAAAACAACCGUCUCAUAGAUCAUGUGGCACAACUGAAAUCGGACAAUCUAAAGCUGUCGGUGGAGAAUGAGCAACUACGCAAUGCGGUCUCAACAGGUGGCAGCGGUUCAAAUGUGGCCAUAACAACGCUGGAGAAGAAGCUGCUGGCACAGCAGGAGGAGCUGACGGAUCUGCACAAGCGGAAGGGGGAAAACUCGCAGAUGAUUGUCGACUUAAAUCUUAAAGUGGAGCAGCAAAAGAAGCUCAUUGCCGAAAAGGAGCACAGUCUGUACGAGCAACAAACUGUGAACAAUCGACUGCGAGCUGAAGUGCAGUUGUUGCACUCUAGUUUGGAUGAGCUGAAAAAGUUGAACACAACGCUGCUGGACGAGCACACGGCAUUGCAAUUGGCAUUCAGUUCCCUAGAGGAUAAAAUGCGAAGUGUACAGGAUGAAAAUCGCUGUUUAUUGGAACGUUUAAUGCGUUAUAAGUCAAAAGAUGCUGACAAAUUGAAUGAGGAAAACGAAAGUAUAAUAAGAAAAAGACUGCCGUCAAUUUUCAGAAAACGUUCGGCUAAACUGAAACGCGACCUUGAGGACGCCGUGCGUGAACCGAAUUCACCGAUAAGUCAGACAGUUCCUUCCAUUCCCCACAACAAUAGUGCCGGGCAAUUUGUGGGCAACCCUGUGAGCGACGACGAGUUCGAUGAGGCGUCCAUAAACGGCGCCAUGGAAGCCCUGGGACUCGAUGAUGAGGAGUACAUAAGUGCCAGAUUUUCAGCUGGCGAGGCUAUCCACGAUACAGUGCGCAACUCGGCAAUGUCCAUGGAUACACUCAAGGCAGCUGGUUACCUCGGACAACCGAAUCCAACAAAAAUACUGAUGAAGUUCGAGGCGCACGAGAAUGAAUCGCAUGCUGUGCGUUGGAGUCCCGUGGAACGCCUGGUGGCCACUGGAGGAGCCGACAGAAAAGUCAAACUGUGGGACAUUGGCAAGGGUGGUAAUGAACCCCGUGCUGUGCUAAGUGGCAGUAGUGCGGGCAUUAACUCGGUCGAUUUUGAUUCAACCGGAGCUUAUAUAUUAGGCACAUCUAACGAUUACGGCGCUCGAGUAUGGACCGUGAUGGACAGUCGAUUACGGGUGAGUAUUUAUUUAAAAUAUCGAUAAAACAUUUUUAAACAG